AAAGGGGCAGUGCACUGGCGUGCGGGCGGGCAGGCGCAGCCUCGUUGUAGCGCGGGGCUGGCGGGCAGCGCGGCGCCGCCAUAUUGUGGGGAGUCGGAGGGUUUUCCAGCGGCGAGUCUGGCCGCUCUGACCUGAGGGGAGCUCAGCAGGUUCACACACACACGUAUAUAUAAAAACCGAAAAAAAACCCUACAAAACAAAAAGAAGGAAUAAUCAUAAAUAUCCAGAGAGAGGGAAGUAAACUCGGAGUGAAAAAAAAUUUUAAAAAAAAACGAACCCCCCCCCACACACAGAUAUAUAUAUAUUAUAUAUGUGUAUGAAAAGCCAACAAUUCUGCCCACAGAAAGAGAGAAACAGCAAGUCCCCGCUUCCAGGAACAGGCCAAGACUAGUGGCCUCUGUCAGCUAUCGGUCUUUCAGCGCUAAAGGAUACUGUAGGGUACGAUUCUACAGACGGCCUUAUUUCUGGGAAUUUGUUUGAAAAUAUGUCCAUGUUAGACAUUGAAAUGUGACUCAUCAUCCAGUUUCAGCUCCCAGCAUCUCAGCCAUCAGUGUCCAGGCUUUGAGGCUUGAUGAGAACAUUUUUUCAUUGGCUUUGGAAAUGGAGCGAAGGUGGCAACUCUGAUUUGAAAGCCGGUCCACGACAUAAUACUUUUUUUAAAUGACUCGUGAGCGUGCUGUCUUUUUGGACAAAUUCUUGAGGAAACCGAAAUCGUCUGAUCUGAGAUCUUUUAUAUUCUGUUCUGCAAAGGAAAACCAAAAUUCAGUUGCCGUGCUUGAAAAUGGUGCUUUGCCUCUGGCUGUUGCUUGAAAUGAAAUUGAUGUAAUGAAAUUUUCAAGAAUUACUUCAUUCACAAUUUUAUUCAUAGUGAACCACAAAAGACCCUUCCCACUCUGCUGAUUGUUAGAACUGAAGAUAAUUAUCUGCCCCCUGGCUGCUGAGCCACUCAACAUCUGCUUCUGAGCUCCCCUCUGGCCUCCUAUUAGACAUGGCAGGACCUGUGCCAAGCAGGGCCAGAGUUUACACUGAUGUAAACACACACAAACCAAGAGAAUACUGGGAUUACGAAUCUCAUGUUGUGGAAUGGGGAAAUCAAGAUGACUACCAAUUAGUUCGUAAAUUAGGUCGAGGGAAAUACAGUGAAGUGUUUGAAGCUAUUAACAUCACAAACAAUGAAAAAGUAGUUGUUAAAAUACUUAAGCCUGUAAAGAAGAAGAAAAUAAAGCGUGAAAUUAAAAUAUUGGAGAAUCUGCGUGGCGGUCCAAAUAUUAUCACACUCCUAGAUAUUGUCAAAGAUCCUGUGUCACGGACGCCAGCUUUGGUUUUUGAACAUGUAAACAACACAGAUUUCAAGCAGCUGUAUCAGACCUUAACAGAUUAUGAUAUACGGUUCUAUAUGUAUGAGAUUUUGAAGGCUCUGGAUUAUUGCCAUAGUAUGGGAAUCAUGCACAGAGAUGUGAAACCACACAAUGUUAUGAUAGACCACGAGCACAGAAAGUUGCGACUGAUUGACUGGGGUCUGGCAGAGUUCUAUCAUCCUGGACAGGAAUAUAAUGUCCGAGUGGCCUCCAGGUACUUCAAGGGACCCGAACUACUUGUAGAUUAUCAGAUGUACGAUUAUAGCCUAGACAUGUGGAGUUUAGGAUGCAUGCUGGCCAGCAUGAUCUUCAGAAAAGAGCCCUUCUUCCAUGGUCAUGACAAUUACGAUCAGUUGGUGCGAAUAGCCAAAGUGCUAGGCACAGAAGAUCUGUAUGACUAUAUUGACAAGUACAACAUUGAGCUGGACCCUCGGUUUAAUGACAUUCUGGGCAGACAUUCCCGUAAAAGAUGGGAACGCUUUGUCCAUAGUGAAAAUCAACACUUGGUUAGCUCAGAAGCACUGGAUUUCUUGGAUAAGCUUCUACGAUAUGAUCAUCAAACACGUCUAACGGCACGAGAAGCUAUGGAGCAUCCUUAUUUUUAUCCAAUUGUGAAAGACCAGUCCCGAAUGGGCUCCUGUGCUAACAUGCCAACUGGUAGCACUCCAAUCAGCUCAGCCAGUAUGAUGUCAGGGAUCUCUGCAAUGCCAACCUCAUCACCACUGGGACCUCUUGCUGGCUCACCAGUCAUCUCUGCUACCAACACCCUUGGGACGCCGGUUCCAGCCACUGCGGGGGCUCAGCCUUAACAUCGCCCUCCUGACUACUUGUAACCCUGGCAACCGCCUGGUCACCCUUCUCCCCUCCACCUCACUCCUCCUCGGAAACAUGGGGAACCAGCUGGUCAUGUCACAUCUGAGCAGUUGCUUAUGGAUUCUCCGGAGUUCAAUCAUUUGAAAAGGAAAAAAAGUCUGAUUUUUACUUGAGAAUUUUUUUUUUCGUGUUUUGUAUGUCACCAGACCUGGAGACAGUAUAUCUCUCUUAGUCCUAACUAGGCCAUAAUGUAAUGCCUCUUUGUCAGAAAUUGUUGCCUACACACUGUUCUCAUGCACUUGUUCAGUGUUACCAUGUUUUUCCCUUGGGUUUUGAGUGGAGUUCGAGCAGAUGAUGUCACAUUGCGAGAGUUGUCUGCUGUAAUAAUUUAGUGGUUCGGAAAUAAUUUUCUUUGGAACAUUCAAAUGAUUUUUUCAUUAAAGUCUUAUUCCCAGACAUUA